CCGCGAAAACCUGUAGCAAUGAUCUCUUUCGCGAAAUCGGAGUGUUCAGGCUCCGCCUCGGCAUGUUAAAAAGCAGCGGACGUGUUUCUACCUUGCAAGCGGCCACAAUGUAUGCCAAUUAGAAGGAUCCGAGACAGGGAUAGGGCCAGUAUAGUGCAUUCAAGUAGGUUGCACUUGGACAGUAAUACAACUUGUUUGGUCCGACCUACGAUCUGUAUGUAGUACUGAGACCUGCUGAGGUCGUCGUUUUGUGCUAUCUGAGCGACAGAAGAGCACAUGCAAAGACUACGUUGUAUGACAGCGCAAAGAGUUGUUCAAAGUAAGGUUCUUAUUCAAGUGCAAGACACCGGGAGUUGAAAACUCUGGAAUCGACAACAGGUAGACAACUGACGCUGAGGAUGCGCCUUCUCCCGCUGUGCCUCUGUCUGUGGCUUCAAGCCUGGGUCUCACCGUGUCGCGGGUUGGAAUUCCGGUACCACAACUCGGCAGAAGUGGAACAAUACCUGAAAGCUGUCAACAAAAAUCAUUCUUCGUUUACACACCUACAUAGCAUUGGGAAAUCCGUGGAAGGAAGAGACCUCUGGGUUCUUGUUCUGGGUAAAACUCCCACCCAACACAAGAUUGGGAUUCCGGAGUUCAAAUAUGUGGCGAACAUGCAUGGUAACGAGGUGGUGGGGCGGGUCCUGCUCCUUCACCUGAUCGAGCUCCUGACCCAGGGUUACCUGAGCGACCCCAUCAUCACGCGCCUCCUCAACAGCUCCCGGGUCCACAUCCUGCCCUCCAUGAACCCGGACGGCUUCGAGGAGUCUGUCCCUGACUGCCUGAACACGGACGGGAGGUACAACAAACACGGCGUGGACCUGAACCGCAACUUCCCGGACGCCUUCGCGGGGGCGCAGGAGGAGAAGCGGGAGCUGGAGGUGCGAGCGGUGAUGGACUGGCUCAGCUCCGAGCCCUUCGUCCUGUCCGCCAACCUGCACGGGGGCGCCGUGGCGGCCAGCUACCCUUACGACAACAGCAACGGGGGGAGCGAGCUGCAGAAGGGCUUCAGCAUCUCCCCUGACGACGACGUCUUCGUCCACCUGGCCAAAACCUACUCGUUCAACCACGCCCUGAUGUACAAGGGGCAGUCCUGCCACGGCUUCGAGCCCUUCAAGGAUGGCAUCACCAACGGGUACCACUGGUACCAGCUGCAAGGAGGGAUGCAGGACUACAACUACGUGUGGGGCCAGUGCAUGGAGAUCACCCUGGAGCUGUCCUGCUGCAAGUUCCCGCCUGAGAGCGAGCUGCCCAGGUUUUGGGAGGAUAACAAGGCCGCGCUGCUGGCCUACAUGCAGCAGGUCCAUCUGGGUAUGAAAGGGCAGGUGCUGGAUUCGGACGGAACCCCCGUGCAGAAUGCCCUGGUGGAGGUGGAGGGCCGCAGGAACCUCUGCCCCUUUCGGACGGACCGCAACGGGGAGUACUACAGGCUGCUGCUGCCAGGGAACUACACCUUCAAGGUGACAGCUCCGGGCCAGGAGCCAAUCACGGAGACCCUGUCUAUCCCCUACGGCCCGGAAAAGUUCUCAGCGUUGACGCACAAUUUCGUCCUCCGGGGGAACACCAACAGGGAGUCAGACACUACGCAGCCCACAGAGUCCUGUACCUCCAUGGUGCGGAACAAUACCUACAACCACAGCGCCGCCCUGCUGGCCUCGCAGUUCCUGCCCCUGUUGGCCCUGAUGCUGUACAGUCUGCUGCAGUGAGAGGCCAUCGGGUGCCUUUGGACCACAAGAACAGAUGAGGCCUUUCUUCUUUUUUUUUAAAUGCUUUUUUCCUCUUAUUUUUGCAACUGCAAACCCCAAUCUGUAACUUUCAAUUGGAUACCAAUGUCCCUCAUCGUGACAAUCACUGUCGCUGCUGAAGUGAGACACGUGAAAUCCUCCGAUACACAGCGCGUCACAGUAAGCAACGUGCUUACUGGAGGAUGGGCGUGGCUCCACUGAUGUCAUUCAGACAACCAGAAGGCGCCCGAUGAGUCACAGAGCGCCUGAGAGCAAUGAGGCGAGCACAGCCCCUGCUGACAUAUCCACCCCAAAGCUGAUCUGUUCCAGCGCUGCGGGCUCCCGGUCAUCGCUGGCUGACGACACGCGGCCGGGAUUGAACCUGGGCCGCAGAGCUCAGCUCGCACUCAAAGUGAGCGUCUGAAUCACUGAGCUACUCGGGAGCCCCACAAGAUGAGCUUUUUAACCAUACUGGCACGCACAAUCUGAUGCAGCUGUCUGACACGUUCACCAGGUUGCUGAAGUGGCUCUCUCAAACUGUCGGCAAAGAGGGCCGAACACGCAUGGGACCAUGUACUCAAGGGACCAUUCCGGCACCGCUCAGUCGAGACGAUUCACAGCGAGGGUCCUACGAGUCCAAUCCGAGUUUCAAUUCUGAGUACUCACAUCUACAGCUGUGGGAUUUCAUCAGUGAGUACUCAAAUCCAGAGUCAAGGUGGAGCUCCUCUGGUCCCCCCCAGGGUCAUGUGACCAGCACUACCGCUGCUUCCUGCCCCUCAGGCUCCCUGCAGGCUGUUAUGGGAGGAGCUCUGAACUCCAGGCUGCUGUGUCAAUCACCCCAGGACGCGCGUCAGAGAGGACUCAGAAAAAGGCAGCCAUGCAGAGAGGUGCGCGUGAAAACAUGCCUAGGAGUAUGAGCAGUGUAUGAGGCAGUGUAUGAAUGAGCAGCGGAUACGCCAUGGUUAUGCUAUAAACAACUUCUAUUACCAGAAUCAAGCUUCGUGAUUUAUCAGUAACUGUUUUGCGGUUUGCAGCAUCAAGGUUGAAGGUCGAACAAGUUUUAUUUUCCAUAAAAAGUGAUAUAGCUAUAUAUGUUUGUAGCAGAUUGCCUUUUAAAUACAAAAG